AUGGCCCCACGUUUAAGCAGAAUACGUGACACUCCAUAUUGUUUCUGUAAAAAACCGGCUUCACCUGCGUACUCUGAAGAAUUUGGUUUAAUUUAUGAAUGCGCGAACAUGCAUCAAAACUUUUGGAUGAAGGCCUAUGAUGAUAACUCUACUUCAAAUAAAAAGGAUAAUGAACCUUCCAAAAAUUCCGUAAAAUCAAGCAGGCCAGCAAUUUGCGGAUUUCAUAUUCAUAAAGACACUUGGGAUAUUUUCUUUGAUAAUCCUGAUCGAAUCAAUCCAUUCCAUUCAGAAUUAUCCACUUGUUCUUUUUUCAAUUUCACUUUUUGUGCUUACUUUAGAAAACGUAAUAAUUAUUCCUUGGGUCAUCCUCCUCCUCCUCUUUGUUUCUGCGGAGUUCCUGUGGUAAUGAGAUUUUCUUCACGUGAUAGGCGACUUAUGUUUGUAUGUCGUAAUUAUCUUAUCGAUGGUGCAAGACCAAAAUGUACUUGGCAUGUUUAUGCAGAUCAAGUUGCUUUCGAAAAACCAAAAGGUUGUACUCAUCAAAUGUUUAAAAAACAAAUUACCGUCGGUCUUGUUGAACCUGAAGCUGAAAAAUCUACAAAUAUCAAAUCUACUUCUUCAAUUGAUUCAAAGAAUGGUUCUUCUGAUCAACUUUAUAUUGAUCCAAGAGGUUCUAUAAUUAAUUUUAAUGCUAAAAAUCGUCAAAGUUAUAUUAGUAAUAAAAAUAUUAAUCAUUCAGUAAAUGGUAGAGAUUUAGAUAAUCAUUCAGGAAAUGGAAAAGUUUUAGAUAAUUAUUCGGGAAAUGGAAAAGUUUUAGAUAAAUUUUCUGUAAAUGGAAGAGAUUUCGAUAAUCAUUCAAGAAAUCAUUCAGGAAAUGUAAAAGAUUUCGAUAAUCAUUCAGGAAAUGUAAAAAAUUUCGAUAAUCAUUCAAGAAAUAUAAAAGAUUUCGAUAAUCAUUCAAAUGUAAAAGAUUCAGGAAAUGUAAAAGAUUUCGAUAAUAAUUCAGGAAAUGUAAAAGAUUUCGAUAAUCAUUCAGGAAAUGAAAAAGAUUUAGAUAAUUAUUCAGGAAAUAAAAAAGAUUCUUCACAAGAUGCAAAUGUUAAUGGCUGUAAAUCCCGUCUCCAUUCUCCAAUUCGGCAUUCAGGAAAUGAAAAAGAUUCCUCGCAAGAUGCAAAUGUUAAUGGCUGUAAAUCCCGUCUCCAUUCUCCAAUUCGCGACGAUCCUCCUGAUUCUCAUUCAGUUUCUUCACAUCAAAGUUUAUUAAAAAAUAAUGAUGAACUUUCUGAUUAUGUUUCGCAACUAGAGGCAAGUAACAAAGAUCUUUUGGAUAAGAUUACAAAGCUUGAAGCCGAUAAAACUUUUCUUGAAUCAAAGGCGAAUUAUUUCGCCUCUCGUCUUGAACAUUAUCGUUCAAAAUGCGAAUCAGAAUCUGGAAUGAAGCAAUCUUGUCAAAAAAAAGUCAUGGAACUUCAAUGUCACAUUACUGAUGUUUCAAAGGAGCGUGAUAAUCUGAAAUCAUCAUGGGAGAAAGAACGUGAAGAACGUAUUUCUGCAACUCAUAAGUGUAAAGUAUGUUUCUCUGAGUCAAUCACUCAUGCAAUUUUUCCUUGUUAUCAUAUGGCUCUAUGCGGCACUUGUGUAGAGGCUGUCGAUAG